CCCGGCCCAGAAGGCCCUGCAGGACCUGCCCGCGCGCCCAUCCGAGUCGGGGCGCGCAGUCCAGCCGCACCAUGAGCGACCCCACCGCGACCCCCAUCUUCGUGCCGGGCGAGAACUGCAGCCCCGCGUGGCAGGCGGCGCCCGCGGCCUACGACGCGGCGGACACGCACCUACACAUCCUGGGCAAGCCCGUGAUGGAGCGCUGGGAAGCCCCCUACAUGCACGCGCUGGCGGCCGCCGCCGCCUCCCGAGGGGGCCGCGUCCUGGAGGUGGGCUUCGGCAUGGCCAUCGCAGCCUCGAAGGUGCAGGAGGCCCCCGUGGAGGAGCACUGGAUCAUCGAAUGCAAUGACGGCGUCUUCCAGCGGCUCCAGGACUGGGCCCGGCAGCAGCCACACAAGGUUGUCCCUUUGAAAGGCCUGUGGGAGGAGGUGGCACCCACCCUGCCAGACGGUCACUUUGAUGGGAUCCUGUAUGACACAUACCCGCUGUCGGAGGAGACCUGGCACACACACCAGUUCAGCUUCAUCAAGAACCACGCCUUUCGCCUGCUCAAGCCAGGGGGUGUCCUCACCUACUGCAACCUCACCUCCUGGGGGCAGCUGAUGAAGUCCAAGUACUCGGACAUCACCACCAUGUUCCAGGAGACGCAGGUGCCCGCGCUGCUGGAUGCAGGCUUCCGGAGGGAGAACAUCCGCACUGAGGUGAUGGCGCUGGUACCACCAGCCGACUGCCGCUACUACGCCUUCCCCGAGAUGAUCACGCCCCUGGUCACCAAGCACUGAGCCCACCACCCUGAGGUCUCUGGACUUCUGGACAACCCCGUGUCACCCCCACUCAGUGCCUUGGUGGUCAGGCACCUGGGACCUGGCCUCUUGCAGCCCCAGGCCGUGUCACUGCAGGGAAUGCUGCCGCCACCCUCCCGGGGCCUCAAGGGUGAAAUAAACGCUGCCACUGGGUGUGGCCCGUCAGUAGUGAA